UUGGAAUUUGAUCAUGUAUUCAUUCACGUAGAGCUGGAUUUUGGAAUUGUUGCAGAAACGAAGUUGUUUAAUACUUACAUCAUGCCAGUUGUUCAGAAGUUGUAUGAUGCAUGCAAAGUGUCCUUCUCAACUCAGGGUCCAAUAUCAGAAGAAGCUCUUGGAAAAGUUAGUGCCAUUCUAGAUGAAAUGAAACCUUCAAAUGUGGGUCUGGAGCAGGAGGCACAAUUGGCACGCCAAUGGAAAGGUUCUGUGCAUGGUGACAAUGACAGAAAAGGACGCAACAGGGGUCAUCAACAUCCGCCUCCAAUCAAGUAUCUGCACUUGCAUGAAUGUGACAGAUUUUCUAUAGGAAUCUUUUGUAUGCCUCCUUCCUCUAUCAUACCGCUUCAUAAUCAUCCUGGUAUGACUGUGUUGACCAAGCUUCUUUAUGGUUCAGUGUUAGUCAGAUCUUAUGAUUGGCUUGACUUACCGGAGCUUAGUGAUUCUACUCAAGGUCCUCUUGCCAGACCUGCAAAACUUGUUAGAGAUUGUGAAAUGACUGCACCUUGUGGUACCACAGUUCUUUACCCAACCAGUGGUGGCAACAUUCAUUCUUUCAAAGCAUUAACUCCUUGUGCUCUUUUCGAUGUCCUUUCUCCUCCAUACUGUUCAGAGGAUGAGCGAAAUUGCUCAUAUUUUCGCUUGAUUCCCAGGAGAGAUCUACAAGGUACUGCUGAAGUGUGUUGGCUAGAAGAGAUUCAACUUCCUGAAAACUUUGUGGUAAGAAGCGGAGCGUACAAAGGCCCCACGAUUAGACAUUAAAAUUUGUGAUUAGGUUGAGAAAAGGAGGAGUCAUCAAAUUGCUUGCUGGAUCCUUAGCUGGAAAACUGCCAUAAACUAAAUGUGGGCUAUGCGAGGGAUUGAAUUGUACAUAACAUACUCGUUGGCUGAGUGAUAAAUGCAAUUAAAACAAGAGUAAACGACUUUUUC